AUGGCCCAGCCAAGUGCCGAGCCGGCUGAGGACUAUGACUACGAAUCACUCCCGCCCAACUUUUCCCUGCUCCAGAACAUGGCAGCCGGAGCCUUUGCUGGCAUCGCCGAACAUACCGUCAUGUAUCCCAUUGACGCCAUCAAGACUCGAAUGCAGGUUCUCAAUCCGAAUGCCACGACCGCAUACACCGGAGUCUUGCGCAGUACCUACCAAAUAGCCUCUUGCGAAGGCUUCCUCAGCUUGUGGCGCGGCAUGUCUAGCGUCAUCAUCGGAGCAGGCCCUGCCCAUGCAGUAUACUUUGCGACGUACGAGGCUGUCAAGCACGCCAUGGGAGGCAACCAAGUCGGCGUUCACCAUCCUCUCGCUGCCGCAACGAGCGGCGCCGCCGCCACCAUUGCCAGCGAUGCCUUCAUGAACCCGUUUGACGUCAUCAAGCAGCGCAUGCAGAUCCAGAACUCGAGCAAGAUAUAUCGCUCCAUGGUCGACUGCGCCAAGUACGUGUAUAGGAACGAGGGCAUCGGUGCCUUCUACAUCUCCUACCCGACCACGUUAUCGAUGACAGUCCCAUUCACGGCACUGCAGUUCCUCGCCUACGAGUCCAUCUCGACGACGAUGAAUCCACAAAAAAAAUACGAUCCCCUGACGCAUUGCUUGGCAGGCGCCGUGGCAGGCGGUUUCGCCGCCGGUUUGACGACUCCAAUGGACGUUGUCAAGACGAUUCUGCAAACUCGUGGCACUUCCUCCGACCCCCAAGUCCGCAACGUGAGCGGUUUCGUCGGCGGAUGCCAGCUCCUCUACCGCCAGGAAGGAUUUCACGGCUUUUUCAAGGGCGUCCGGCCUAGGAUUGUCACGACAAUGCCAAGCACCGCCAUUUGCUGGUCGGCCUAUGAGUUUUCCAAAGCCUACUUUAUCAAGCGCAACGAUAAAUCGUGA